CUCACCUUCGGCGACGUCCUCGGCCAAGGCUCCUGCGGGGAGGUCAGGAGCGCCCUCUACAACGGCAGGCAGGUCGCCGUCAAGACCCUGUGCUCCAAGCUCGACGCCCGGUCCGAGGAGGGCAAGGACCUGCUCAAGGAGAUCGGCAUGAUGAGCCACGCGUUCCGGCACAAGAACGUGGUGGACUUCUACGGCAUCUACGAGCACGACGGGCUGCCGUGGCUGGUGAUGGAGCUGAUGCCGGGGGGGAGCCUGGAGCAGUACUACGAGGCCAAGAAGAAGUCGCGACGGGACGGGCGCUGGCGGCCCAAGACGAGGAGGGCAGUGUCGUGGGUGGAGGACAUCCUGAGCGCGCUGGCGUACCUGCACGCGCAGAAGCCGCCGGUGAUCCACCGAGACAUCAAGCCGGCCAACAUGCUGCUGACGGGGGACGGGAGGACGGUGAAGAUCGGGGACUUCGGGCUCAGCCGCAUGUGUCCGCUGAGCCCGGGCAAGGCGCCGCUGACACCGGGAGGAGGCAGGGGGUCUGGCGGCUUCUUGUCGGACGAGUCGCCCAUGUCGACGGAGCUGACAGGCACAACGGGGACGUACCGGUACAUGGCGCCGGAGAUCUUCCGGGGAGAGGGUCAGUACACGGCGGCGGUGGACGUGUACUCUUUCUCGCUGGUGAUGUGGUACAUCUUCGCCGGGGAGCAUCCCUUCUGCAACAUCGACGGACACUCUGUGGCAUGUAUCAGUGCUGAGAAUGACAUGCGGCCCGAAGUGCUGUACAGGAUGCGGAUACCGAGAGAGCUACAGGGGAUGAUGAGGCGAUCAUGGGCGGGGAAGGGGAAGGAGAGGCCGAGGGCGGCGGAGCUUCUGGAGGAGGUCGAG